ACAUAUAACGUCGAAUAUGUGUGGGUUGUGUGUUGUGUGUCAUAUGUACAUUUCUGACAUUAUGUAUAUGUCUAUAAGUAUGUAGAGUCCUGUUUAGAGUUUGAGGCUGUUUGUUUCCCUUGGUGUACCUCAAAGCAUAGCAUCGUAGUCAAUGCACUUUUACAUCAAUAAAAUAACUGUCGCAAUUUCAUUGCAAAAAACGCAAUUGAUAACUCAGAAAUAACAAUAUAACUCAAACAAUGGACCGUGAAUUAAUAGAAAAAUUUAUAGAAGUCACAGGAGAGACCGAAGACACUGCUAUCCAGUAUCUUACAAUUGCUGACGGCAAUGUCGAGCAUGCAAUUACACUGAUGUUCGAAGGUGGACCUGUAGCAGCUCAGAGGACUGUUCCAGAAGAUGAGCCAGAAAUACGAGCACCUAUUUCACCCACUCAAGAAAUUUUGGUGCCAAAUGAUCCUAUUUAUACUCUUCCCCGGGCUUCCAAAAGUGUCUUUGAUCGAUUCAGAGAUUUCAGCGUUGAAAUACGUAGGCAAGAAGAAGAAAUGACAAGACAAGCCAGUGGUGAAAAAGCACCAUCUCACUGUAAAACAAAACGUCUGGAAGAUCUUUUUCGUCCACCUUAUGAUAUUUUAUUUUUGGGGACGUUCGUCGAAGCUCGAGAAUACGCCAAAUCAAAAAAUCGUUGGCUAUUAGUUAAUGUACAGAAUCCACAGGAAUUUGCGUGCCAAAUGCUUAAUCGAGAUGUUUGGUCUGAUAAACAAAUAAAAGAAAUAAUCAAAGAUCAUUUUGUUUUGUGGCAGGUACUGUCAGAUACAGUUGACGGACGAAGAUACAUUGAUUUUUACAACGUACUCGAAUACCCUUACCUGGCAGUGGUCGACCCAAGAACUGGAGAAUGUAUGCGUUCCUAUAGUACAAUAUCAAUGGAUCAUCUUCUAACUGGAUUGAACGAUGUUCUCAGCUCUCAGCCGUCACCUGACUGCAGCUCAGACUCUCCUGAUGUCGAGGCCUCACACUGCGAGCCGACUUCAUCGGCUAAACGGGGUGGUCACUUUAAUAUUUCGAAAGAUUCCGGUAGGAGAAUUAAAAAAUCACGUGUCUCUAAUGAUCCAACAUCUACAGUUGGUUUCAACACUCUUAAUGGUGAGCCAUCUGUCAGUACGAGCACUGGAAGUUCGGCAAUUCGUGGUAAAAGAAGUCGUAUGGAGAUUGAUAAUUGCGAUGAUCCUUCUGAUGAAGCUGCGAUACCCAGUAAAGAAGACUCAGUGGCUAAAACUUCUAAUAAUACGCCGACUGUGUCAAACAAUGAUAGUAAACCAUCUACUUCAAGUUACAAUAAUAAUCUGUCAACUUUGAGUUUUAAUAAUAAAGCUUCUACUUCAAGUUACGACAUUAAACCUUCAACGAGCUAUAAAAGCACAAAGUCAAUUUCAAGUAACAGUACACAUUCUACUUCAAGUAAAAAUGAAAUUCCUAACGGAGAAUUAUCAUUACGAUUAUGUCUACGAUUACCUGACGGUGAACCAGAGACUAUUUCAAUGCGUGCUAAUGAUACUAUUGAGUGCUUCAUAAAACGCAUUGAGGAUAUGGGAUACUCAAGGACAGAUCAUACAUACUUGAUUCCAUUCCCAAAAACAAAUGUAGGUGCAUUGCCAACGGAAACACAAUUGCGUGAUACUAUUCUGUACCCAUCAAGCACGAUAUUUAUUACUAAAGUCUAAAACAAGA